AUGGACGGAAAAACUAAAAGUAAUGAAAUUCUAUACACACCAAGCUCAUGGUGUAAACGAAUGCAUCCGGAUAUGGUAGUCAAUAAACAUAUUGAAAUAGUUCAGUUGAUUAGUGAACAAAUUAAGAAAUCUAGGUAUCAUAUAAAAACAAAUAUUAGAUAUGGACCUGGUGAUCAACAGCUUUUAGAUGUAUAUGAAGAUGAACUGACUUCUUCGGAUUAUACUUUUGUUUAUAUUCAUGGAGGGUAUUGGCAAGACUUAAACAAAGACAUUUCUGCCUAUUGUGUAGAACCAUUGGUAAAUUCUGGAAUUCGAGUAGUUAUUCCUGGCUAUGAUCUUGCACCAAAAGUUACUCUGUUUAAUAUAGUCGAGGAAAUUCAUCAAUUGUUGUCAUAUUUAAAGGAUUGUUUAAAAUACAAAAAUAUUUGGUUGGGAGGGCAUUCAGCAGGUGCUCAUUUAGCUUCAUCUAUGAUUCAUACUGAAAUAAAUGAAAAUAUUGGUGUUAAAGGAUUUAUACUCAUCAGCGGUGUAUUUGAUCUUAAUCCAUUAUUGGAGACAUCUAUCAAUAAAGCACUGAAGCUGAACAAAGAGACUUGUCUACAACUAAGUCCACUGAAUAAUCUCUAUGGACUUGAUUUUACACAUAUUAUGGCAAAGUUUCAUGUACAAGUUCUUGUAGUUUACGCAGAAAAUGAUUCUCCAGCUUUCCAUUUUCAAUCAAAACAGUUUGCCAAAUUUCUGGACAAACUUGGUUUAGAAGUAAUAGAAGAAAAGAUAAAUGGAGUAGAUCAUUUUGAUAUUGUAGAGAAUCUUUCAAAUAAAGACUAUUCUCUUACAAAAAAAAUCAUCAAUUUUAUUCUAAACUAAUAUACUUAGAGUUUGCAGAAUGCCACCAAUGAGCGUUUUUAUAAGCGUUCAAAAUUCUUACAUCUCCACCAGGUCCACCAAUUUUAGAAUUUUACACUAAAAAUGAAAUUUUUUUAUUAAGUACACAUACUAUUAUAUAUACCACCCUAUGCUGUUUGAAAUUUCUGUGUACCUACUGUACCUACAUCACUGUUAUAAAAAUAUAAUGUAUUUAUAUGUUUUUCUAUCAUAUUGUAUCAUUAUAGUAUCCGUCUUAAAUACCUACUAAUUA